ACCGCAACGAGGAUGAGGUGUUCUAUGACAUCAGCGUGGCAGUGGACAACAAGUUAUUUCCAAACAAAGAGGCCGCAGCAGGUUCAAGUGACCUUGACCCUUCAAUAAUGGUGGAUACUGGAGAGACCUUCGAUACAGGAUCUGAUUAUGAAGACCAGGGUGAUGACCAGUUCAAUGUAUUUGGAGAGGACACCGUGGGAGGUUUCAUGGAAGAUUUGAGAAAGUAUAAAAUCAUUUUCAUGAUUGGUGGCCCUGGCUCUGGCAAAGGCACACAGUGCAGAAAGCUGGUAGAAAAAUACGGAUUGACCCAUCUCUCGACUGGCGAGCUCCUGCGCCGUGAACUGGCAUCCGGGUCUGAAAGAAGCAAAGUGAUCAGCGACGUCAUGGACCGCGGAGACCCGGCGCCGUCGGGCAUCAUUCUGGAGCUCCUGCGGGAGGCCAUGGUGGCCAGCCUCAGCAACACCCAGGGCUUCCUGAUUGAUGGCUAUCCUCGGGAGGUGAAGCAAGGAGAAGAGUUUGGACGCAGGAUUGGAGGCCCCCACCUGGUGAUCUGCAUGGACUGCUCGGCAGACACCAUGACCAACCGCCUGCUCCGGAGAAGCCAGAGCGGCCCAGGUGCGGACGACACCCCUAAGGCCAUCGCCAAGCGCCUGGAGGCCUACUACCGCGUGUCCAUCCCGGUGAUCGCCUACUACGAGCCGAAGACCCGACUGCACAAGAUAAAUGCAGAGGGAACACCAGAGGAAGUUUUUCUUCAACUCUGCGCAGCUAUGGACUCUAUUUUCUGAAGGUGAAAACGCAUCCUUGUUAAGGAGAGUGGAAACAGAAACAC